AUGGCGCUCGACAACUACUAUCGCAAUAAGAUCGAGGGCAUGAAGCUCGAGAUCAUCCAAGGACAAGCUGUUUUGCGAAGACUGGAAGCGCAACGCAAUGACUACAACUCCCGAGUGCGCCUUCUCCGCGAGGAGCUGGGGCUGCUACAACAGCCUGGUUCAUACGUGGGUGAGGUAGUGAAGGUGAUGAGCACCAAGAAGGUCUUGGUCAAGGUUCACCCGGAAGGAAAAUACGUCGUGGACAUCGCCGAUGGCGUCGACAUCGGGAAGCUGACCGUGGGCAAGCGCGUUGCCUUGCUGUCUGAUUCCUACAAACUAGAGAAGAUGCUACCUUCGUCCGUUGACCCGCUGGUGUCACUGAUGAUGGUCGAAAAGGUCCCCGACAGCACCUACGAUAUGAUCGGUGGCUUAGACCAGCAAAUCAAAGAGAUUAAGGAAGUCAUCGAGCUCGGUCUGAAACACCCGGAACUAUUCGAGUCCCUUGGUAUUGCUCAGCCCAAAGGUGUUCUUCUAUAUGGACCACCCGGAACUGGCAAAACGCUGCUUGCCCGUGCCGUCGCCCAUCAUACGGAUUGCCGGUUCAUUAGGGUGAGUGGAUCCGAGCUUGUGCAAAAGUACAUUGGCGAGGGUAGCCGUAUGGUGCGCGAGUUGUUCGUGAUGGCUCGAGAACACGCCCCUAGUAUCAUCUUCAUGGACGAAAUCGAUAGUAUUGGAUCCAGCCGCAUAGACUCGGCAGGUUCCGGUGAUUCAGAGGUGCAACGUACCAUGCUGGAGCUGCUCAAUCAGCUGGACGGGUUCGAACCUACGAAAAAUAUCAAGAUCAUCAUGGCUACCAAUCGACUUGAUAUCCUUGACCCAGCCUUGCUACGUCCGGGACGAAUUGACCGAAAGAUCGAGUUCCCCCCGCCUUCGGUUGAGGCUCGUGCGGAUAUCCUACGGAUCCACUCCCGAUCAAUGAACUUGACACGAGGUAUCAAUUUAACGAAGAUUGCCGAGAAAAUGAAUGGAUGCUCCGGAGCCGAACUGAAGGGUGUGUGUACUGAAGCGGGUAUGUAUGCACUCCGAGAACGACGUGUGCAUGUUACGCAAGAGGAUUUCGAUCUGGCAACUGCCAAGAUUCUCAACAAGCACGAUGACAAGGAGGUGGCCGUUUCCAAACUUUUCAAGUAG